UUCUUUAUCUCUACGUUCUCUCUCACUUUCUUUAUUAUGUAUGAAAUGAGCGGAGAACUGUAAACAAAAGCUCUAACGAUAAACCAUGGCGUUUCAGGACCAUUUUUCUCAAGAAUUAGCUCUACAACAACACCAACAACAAAACACCGACGACGUUUCGGAUCAUUCGAUGAGCUUCUCGAUGAAGCUAAGUCAACAAUAUAGAGGAGAGAGGGUAGACGAGGUCAGUAACAACAAUAACAACAACAAUAAUAACGACAGUUGGGAGAGCGAGAAAUAUAAAGCCGAUAUUUUGAACCAUCAUUUGUGCGAUCAAUUGCUGUCGGCACACGUGGCUUGCCUGAGAAUCGCUACGCCGGUGGACCAGUUGCCGAGGAUCGACGAGCAGUUGACGGAGUCUCAGAAUUCGGUGGCUAAGUACUAUGUUGUUGGCCAAAGUCAACGGCCUAUAGAUGAUAAAGACCUCGAUCAAUUUAUGACACAUUAUGUUCUGCUGCUCUCUUCCUUUAAAGAGCAACUGCAACAACAUGUUCGUGUCCACGCAAUGGAAGCAGUCAUGGCUUGUUGGGAGCUUGAUCAAUCUCUACAAAACUUAACAGGGGUAGGACCAGGAGAAAGUACAGGUGCAACUAUGUCAGAUGAUGAUGACGACCAAUUAGCAGAAAGUGAGACAAACACAAACUGUUAUAAUGGAGUUUUAGAUGGAUCAGAUAGCACUGGCUUUGGUCCUCUUGUACCUACUGAAAGUGAGAGGUUCUUAAUGGAACGUGUGAGACAAGAAUUGAAACAGGAGUUCAAGCAGGGUUAUAAGGAAAAGAUUGUGGACAUUAGAGAAGAAAUUUUACGCAAAAGAAGAGCAGGAAAGCUGCCUGGUGACACUACAUCUGCCUUAAAAGCUUGGUGGAAGUCACAUUCCAAGUGGCCUUAUCCUACAGAGGAAGAUAAAGCAAAGUUAGUGCAAGAGACAGGGUUGCAACUAAAACAGGUCAACAAUUGGUUCAUCAACCAAAGGAAAAGGAACUGGCACACUACUCCAUCAUCUUCUUCUACACAGAAAAGCAAACGAAAGAGUGCAGGUGAAAAAUCAAGAACUGAUCACUUUACAUGAUGGGGAACACAUGCCGGCGAACUUAAAAAAAUGUAUUUGGUACGAUGGAAGUCAUUUUAUGUACCGAAAGGUAUUUUCUGGCGGUUGAUCUGCAAACCUAUAUGGAUUACUCUCUCUGUUUGCUUUUACUUGUCAUAUUUCGCUUUUCGAGAGUCAAUUUCUCUAAUUUUUAA